AUGGGCAAGCUCCAAAAAGAACAGGAAGCUCUCGCCGAGCAGUCCUCCGCCGGCCACGACCUCGCGCCCCCCGAAUACGCCGCCGCCGCCUCCGACGACAGCAACGCGCCCGACGCCCCUCCGCCGGGCUACACGCCCGGCCCGUCACCGUACGAAAAGGUGCCCGUCGGCUGGAACCUCUACUACAAGGCCUGGUCGAUGCGCACCUUCCACAUUGGCCCGCACGCCGACCAGCCCGUCUUCGCGCUCGAGCUGCACUCGGGCCUGCUGUCGUCGCGGCCCUUCCUCAUCCUCUUUGACGGCGCCGACGCCAAGACGGCACCGCGCAUCGCCACCGCCCACCGCGACGGUCUCAUGAAGGGCCACGCGGCCAUUACCGUCCCCGGCGCCGCGGCCCCGGAGAAGCUGACGGUGCACUCGCGGCGGAUGAAUUUUUCCUUUAAUGUCGGGAGCGGCAAGGAGACGCGGAGGGAGGACUUUGAGUGGCGCUAUUCGCACGGCAAAGAGGUCAAGGUGCUCGACCGCUGGGGCCGGGGCUGGAAGCUGGUCCGUCUUGGGGCCGACGGCGGCGGCGGCGGCGGAGAGGGCCAGGACAAGGUCGGCAGGUCGGCGCGGCCGCACGGCGAGUCGAGCGACGGGCACCCCGUCGUGGCCGUGUUUGCGGACAAUUCGAAAUGGAGCAAGACAAAGGUCGCGCGAUUCCACUUUGUCGGCGCGGGCGCGACGGACGAGUUUGGCGAGCCCUGGGCCAUGUUUGUCACCAUGUCGGCGCUGCGCAUCUGGGAGCUGAUGAUGAAUGCCCGGGCCUCGGCCGCCGGCGCCGCAUGA